UUGCAUCUCAUUCGUGUAGUAAGUUUUAGUGGCUGAAACUAUCCUUAUCUCUUGUCAAAAUGAGACCAAUUCUACAACUACAGAACAACAGCAACAAUUAGCACACAACUUCCCUCUCCAUGGACCCUCUUUCAAGCUCAGUUUCAACCCUCAAAGUCCCUACCCUCCACUCAACCACAUCUCGUCAUGAACUGCUCACUCAUUUCAAGACCACCCCAUCAAAAAACCUCCCCUACUCAUCACUCCUCCCCAACAAGACCCCCACUUUCACCACCCAAAACCCCUUCACUCCCUCAUCCUUCUCCUCAACAUCUCCGACCCGGUCUCUCACCGCGCCAUCGCCGUCGCCACGGCCCCCCAUCCACCACCGAAACCCCGCCACCGGGUACGCGGCGGCUCUCCUCGACGUAGCGCAGGCAAACAAUUCAGUUGACUCGGUGGGCCGAGACGUGGAGAGGCUGCUGAAUUUGAUGAGGAACAAGAGGGUUGAGGCGGUUUUGGGGAGUGCCUUUGUGGGGGAGAAAGAGAAAGGACAAGUGGUUAAGGACUUGGCCGAGAAGGGAAGGUUUAGUAGGCAUUUGGUGCGUUUGGUGAAGAUGUUGGUUGACAAAAAAAAAGACGUUGGAAUUAUAAGGCAAGUUUUGGAGGAGUUUGAAAGGGUUUAUGAUCAGAUGUUGAGGACUCAAGUGGUUUUGGUUUCUUCGGCAAAAAAGAUUGAGGAAAAUAACAUGUUUUGGAUUGCCAAAAGGGUGCAAACACUCACUGGGGCUCUCAAGGUCAAGGUGAGGAAUUUGGUUCGUCAUAACUCGCUUUCCUUUGCUGUGUAAAGAGCUUGUUUUUAUGUAUAAAUGCAGAAAUUAACAGAUUAUAUACGUGGGGUUAUCUAUAUAUGUACAAUGUUACAAUCCACUUAACUCUUUCAAAUCCCAUGUCUGAAUUUGUUAAAUAUUAUUUGUUAUAAUUAAGCUCGUGGCUACAUCUUCCAUUUUU